AGUCAUCUCAUAUCUCAUUGUCUAAGUCUAACAAGACUAGUUUCAUUUCUCUCAAAUGGCUUCUUCAACCAUGGCUCUGUCCUCCCCUUCUCUAGCUGGCCAAGCUGUGAAGCUUGGUUCCUCUACAUCUAACCUCCUCGGUGAGGGUAGAAUCACCAUGCGCAAAUCCGCAGCUAAGUCCAAGCCUGUGUCAUCCGGCAGCCCGUGGUACGGACCAGACCGUGUCAAGUAUUUGGGUCCAUUCUCCGGUGAGGCUCCAUCUUACCUCACAGGAGAGUUUCCCGGUGACUACGGCUGGGACACUGCUGGGCUCUCAGCUGAUCCCGAGACCUUUGCCAAGAACCGUGAGCUCGAGGUCAUCCACUCAAGAUGGGCCAUGCUCGGUGCUCUAGGUUGUGUCUUCCCUGAACUCCUUUCUCGUAAUGGAGUCAAGUUCGGAGAAGCUGUUUGGUUCAAGGCCGGAGCUCAAAUCUUCAGCGAGGGUGGACUAGACUACUUGGGAAACCCUAGCUUAGUCCACGCUCAGAGCAUUUUGGCAAUCUGGGCAACCCAGGUAAUCUUGAUGGGUGCAGUUGAAGGCUACAGAAUUGCUGGAGGGCCUCUCGGUGAGGUAGUAGACCCAUUGUACCCUGGAGGAAGCUUUGACCCCUUAGGGCUUGCAGACGAUCCUGAGGCUUUUGCUGAGCUUAAGGUGAAGGAGCUCAAGAACGGAAGACUAGCCAUGUUUUCCAUGUUCGGGUUCUUCGUACAAGCUAUUGUCACCGGAAAGGGACCGAUUGAGAACCUAGCUGACCACUUGGCAGACCCUGUUAACAACAACGCUUGGUCAUACGCCACAAACUUUGUUCCCGGAAAGUGAGGUUUGAUAGUUUGGGAGAGAAGUGAUCGGUUUAGUCAUGUGUGCGCGCAAAUGUUGUAAAUGGUUUUUUUUUUCAAGUGUGUUUGUGUUUUUUUUUUUGAAAGAUUCAAGUGUGUUUGUGUUGAUAUAACUUGUUUGUCGAUGGAAAGGAUAUAUCAACACUUCUGUGUGCUUAAUUUCA